AUGAAAGCCCUUGCACAGUCAAUGAAUGAAACACUUCACAAUAAGCAAACAGAGUUUACUGGUCAAGUCAAUUCUUGCAAGUCACGAGGGGAUGAAAUAAUACAACACUCGGUAAACCUUUACAAAGACGUGAUCAAGUCACAUAUUCUGCCCUCGAUGAAGAACAUUCAAGAUCAGCUGAAUCUCAUCACCAAAGUCAUUGAAGAGGGAAUCCGCCUGGCGCAGGCACCUGACAGGUGGUGGAGACAGGUGGCGGCGACUCAGAUGAACCUCAACUCAGGCCGAUCGCACACAAUUUUUACGAUCAACGUGAAUAUCAAGGAGAACGCUGUAGCUGGCAAAGAUGAUGUACUGCGAUGUGGCAAACUCCACCUCGUGGAUUUGGCUGGAAGUGAAAACGUGUCCAAGUCUGGAGCCAGCGAAAACAUACACAAAUCUGCAACGGGGGUUGACAAGAGACUUGCCGAGGCUUCAAAUAUAAACAAGUCUCUGUUGACGUUGGGCCGAGUCAUAACAUGCUUGACGGAAAACAACCCACACAUUCCUUACAGAGAGUCAAAACUGACAAAGUUUUUACAAGACUCGCUUGGUGGCAAGACUAAGACCUGCAUCAUCGGAACAAUCUCUCCAGCGCAGGCCAACCUGGAUGAAACGGAGAGCACACUGAACUAUGCUUCUAAGGCGAGAUCCAUCAAGAACAAGCCAGUGAGAAACCAGACCAUCUCCAAGAAGGACUUUAUGCAGGUUGCGUCUGAAGAAAUAAUGAAGCUCAAAAAAGACCUGGAAGCAGUCAGGCAAGGAGAGGGGUUCUAUAUCUCUAAAGAGUCUCAUGAAGAAAUGAUAAGCCGAAUGAAAGAGCUGGACGACCAAGUGAAAGACUGGCAUGAAAAAUAUUCACGCAUCAAAGAGUCGUACGAACAAUCACAGGAAAUGUUCAGUUCCUUAAGCUCCGACUUUGACGACAAGUGUGCUGAAUAUGAAGAGCUUGAUAAUCUGUUCAGAAUCGAAAGCCAAAGAUGUCAAGAGAAGAUGAAAGAAUUCGCAAAGGAAGUUGUUGUCAGAGAAUAUUUCAUCAAAGAAUAUGAAAAGACCGAAGGCAGUCUGACAGAGCAAGCAAAAACUUGCAAGUCUGUGCUGGAAAACCUUUUAGACCAGAGCAAUCGCUUGCACGACAAAAUUGAUAGAAAGCAGUCUAACGAGGCAGACAACCUGCAGAUGUUGUGUCGCUACAAGGAAAAUGCCAGCAAGAAGGUUGCGGAUUUCAAAAGCAAGCUUGAUUCGUUUCUUGAUGAAAAAAAGCAGUUUGUGAAAGAAGUUUUUAAAAAUGCCAGCACUGUGAACAGAUUAUUUGAAGAAGAGAACCAUAAUGUUUUAUCAACCAUUAAAUCUUUUAAAACCAGAUGA